UCCCGCCACCAUCUCCACAUUUCUGCACCUCUGGCGCCUUUCUUCCGUGCACCGUUCCAGCCUCGGUUCUCCCCCCAGCCUGGCUGCCCCGGCCGAGCUCCUGCGCGCCCCAUGCCGGCCCUCCUGCUCCUCGGGACCCUCCUGUUUCUGGCCACGACUACCGGCCAGGCUGGGGCGCGUCCGUCCAACGCCACGAGCGCCGAGCCCCCGGGUCCGCUGCCCGCCCUGCUGGCACACCUGCGGCGCCUGACCGGGGCGCUGACGGGCGGCGGGGGUGCAGCGGGCGCGGGGGCCAACGGCACCAGAGCCAGCACCCCGAGCUCGGCGGGCGCGGCUGCACGCGCGCCCCCUCCGGCCGAGCUGUGCCACGGCUACUACGACGUCAUGGGCCAGUACGACGCCACCUUCAACUGCAGCACCGGCUCCUACCGCUUCUGCUGCGGCACCUGCCACUACCGCUUCUGCUGCGAACACCGCCACAUGCGCCUGGCGCAGGCCUCCUGCUCCAACUACGACACGCCGCGCUGGGCAACCACGCCGCCGCCGCUGGCCGGGGGCGCCGGGGGCGCCGGGGGUGCGGGCGGGGGGCCUGGGCCUGGCCAGGCCGGCUGGCUGGAAGGGGGCCGGGCGGGGGUCGCUGGGGGGCGUGGGGGCGAGGGCCCAGGGGGCAGCACGGCCUACGUGGUGUGCGGGGUCAUCAGCUUCGCCCUGGCCGUGGGCGUCGGCGCCAAAGUGGCCUUCAGCAAGGCGUCCCGUGCGCCCAGGGCGCCCAGGGAGAUCAACGUGCCCAGGGCUCUGGUGGACAUUCUGAGACAUCAGGCGGGGCCCGGGGCCCGCCCGGACCGGGCACGAAGCAGCUCGCUAACCCCAGGGGUCGGAGGCCCCGACAGCAUGCCACCGAGGACGCCCAAGAACCUCUACAACCCGGUGAAGCCGUCCAAUCUCGAUAACCUGCACCACAACUACCUGCACCUCAGCGUCAGCAGCCCCAAACACCGCGCUGCCACUCUGGACUGGCCUGGACUGACCCCGGCCGUGCCCCCUGCCCCAGACUGGCGGGCCGUCCCGCCGCCCAGCCCCUCCUUGCGCUACUCCACGCUGUCCUGCUCGCGGUCCUUCCACAACCUCUCACAUCUUCCCCCGUCCUACGAGGCUGCCGUGAAAUCGGAGCUCAACCGCUACUCCUCUCUCAAGAGGCUCGCCGAGAAGGACCUGGACGAGGCCUACCUGAAGCGCCGGCACCUGGCGGAGGUGCCCCGCGGGACGCUGCCCCUGCAUACGCUGCGGCGACCCGGCACGGGGGGCGGCUACCGCAUGGAAGGCUGGGGCGGCCCCGAGGAGCUGGGCCUGGCCCCCGCGCCCCACCCUCGGCGCGUCAUGUCCCAGGAGCACCUGCUGGGCGACGGGGGCCGGUCGCGCUACGAGUUCACGCUGCCGCGCGCGCGCCUCGUGUCCCAGGAGCAUCUGCUUCUGUCGUCUCCCGAGGCCCUGCGCCAGAGCCGCGAGCGCCUCCUGUCGCCCCCGCGCAGCCCCGCGCUGCCCCCCGAGCCCACUGCGCGCGCCAGCCUGGCCGCCUCCCACUCCAACCUGUUGCUGGGGCCCGGGGGCCCCCCCACGCCGCUGCAUGGCCUGCCGCCACCGCCCGGCCUGCACGCGCACCACCACCACGCCCUGCACGGCUCCCCGCAGCCAGCCUGGAUGUCAGACGCCGGUGGGGGUGGGGGCACGCUGGCCCGCAGGCCGCCCUUCCAGCGCCAGGGCACGCUGGAGCAGCUGCAGUUCAUCCCCGGCCAUCACCUGCCCCAACACCUCCGCACGGCCAGCAAGAACGAGGUGACUGUCUGA